UCAUGUGAUCAGCUGUGUCCAAUGACCACAGCUGACCACAUAGGGGACAUGUAUACUGAUCAUCAGGGCACUGAUGAUCAGUGUGCCCUGAUGAUCAGUGUAGCCCCAGCAGUGCCAUCUGUCAGUGUCCAUCAGUGCCUUGUGCCAGUGCCCAUCAGUGCCACAUCAAUUCCACAUAUCAGUGCCUACCAGUGCAAAUCAAUGCCACAUAUCAGUGCUCAUCUGAGCCGUCUUUCAGUGUCACCUAUCAGUGCCAGUCAGUGCCACCUAUCAAUGCCAGGCAGUGCCACCUAACAGUGCCAGUCAGUGCUGCCUAACAGUGCCAGUCAGUGCCGCCUAUCAGUGCUAUAUAUCAGUUCUGCCUUUCAGUGCCCAUCAGUGAUGCCUGUCA